GCCGUGGGCAGCGCACUGCCGCCAUUGCUGAUACCCGAGUUCUAUAUAAAUUGAAUUUUCAUCUUUUACUAUUCGAAAUUAAAGAUUUGGGGAUUUCUUUUACCCGAAUAUCAUCAGAUUUUUUAUGAAUUUUUUGAGUUGAAUUUAUGAAUUUUUCUAUCGGCCACGAUCCUGUUCUGAGAAGGAAAUGAAUAAGAAAUACAUUCGUUUAUAGUUUUUUUGCAUUCUAAUCUUCAUUCAAUCUCCUUUCCCUUCACUUUCCCAUCCCCCAAUCAAACACCUCCUUCCCUUUCCUUUCCCUUUUUCCAAUCAAACUUUUCCAAAUUCCAAUCACCUUCCGCCAUUAAACUAAAUUAACCUUUCGUUGCUCAGGUGCAGAACAGUGUGGAAUUUGCUUUCCAAGUUUCACGGGAUUUUCUCCUCUGCUCGCCAUUUUUUGCAGCAGAAAAAGGAAAAACAACUCGAAGCCCUCCAUUACUGAGCUACAUAGACAGAGUGUACGUUUAGAUCUUUGCAACGGAGCGAGGGAGGUGGGAAAUUGAUUAAUCGGAGAUGAAUAACGACGUUACACGGGCAAACGGACAACCAAGGAAAUCAAUGGACACGAUCUGGCGAACUUCGAUGAUAUCAACGGGCAGAUCUAUAGGCGUCGUCUCCCUCCUACUACUACUCGGCGCGUUGAUCUCCACGUACUUUCUCGACACCACGUUCGGCCUGGUAGUCGUCCAGCAAUCAAAGACCACUGGUGGCACCCACAAAGGCAAGCAAGAAGUAGAAUCCAAAAAGGGUGAGCUUGGGAGCAGACUUAGACUUGGUGAUGAAGUACAAGAACCCAAUGUACGGAAACAAAGAAACUGCGAAGAGUUGAGAGGCAAUGGCUUUGUGAGUCAAUAUUUGGUGCCAUGAACCCACUGGGAACAACCUUGUAACUCCUGUUAAUAAAUUUUACGUCCUUGUAACUCCUGGAGUUUCUGCUUGAAUUGCUUGGAAUUGAUGCUGGCUUGUU